AUGCGCCCAACCUUCGGAGGGCCCAAACUGCCCGUUGAGCUGCGAAAUCAGCUUGGAGAUCCGGCCAACAACAAGCGACGAAACGGUCCUCGCAAUGGGCCACCGAAUCGCAAAGACAAGCGCAAGGCCGAUCGCAUAGAGAAGAAACGUCAAAACAAGCAGGUUAGAAGACCAGCACCAUCGCAUCCACACAAUGGUCGGGGACCACGCCGCGAACCCGAAUCGGACGACGAUGAGGAGGAAGAGGAAAUAGAUUGGGACAACAUCGAAUCCGACGCUACACCACCCCCGAUAACUGCGAAAGAGUCGCCCAAACCGCUGAAAAGCAUUCUCAAGGCAAAACCAUCACAGCCCGAAGAAGCGUCACUGCCACCUGCGAAGCUAUCGCGCGCUGCUCGGGAGAAAUUGGCGCAAGAUGAUGCUGAGAUUGCCAAGUUAGAGAAGAGGCUAGGCGUGAAGAGCAAAAAGAGAUCCAAGGGGGCAGAAGAUGGUCUGGACGACAUAUUUGGCGACCUUGGAGAUUUCAGUGACGACGAGGAUGUACAACCUACAAAGAGGAAGAGGGACGAGGACAACGAUUGGCUCGCAAGCAAGAGGCGGAAGGCCCUGGGUCAAGAGUCGAGUGAGGAAGAGGACAGCGAGUCGGAAGGUUCGGAGUCUGAUGAUGACUUAGACCUGGAAGAGACAGGCUUCGACGAGGAUGAAGAGACAGAGGAUGGUUCGGAUGACGAUCUAGGCUCAGAGGAGGACGACAUGGAAGACGAGGAGCCCGAACAACCACGCAUACGAGAGAAUCCAUACGUCGCCCCUGUAGCGCCAAAUGCCCAACCAACCAAGUACAUACCGCCUGCGCUGAGAGCACCCCCUUCGUCAGACACUGAGGCUUUGCUACGUCUCAAAAGGCAAAUUCAGGGUCUCUUCAACAGGCUCUCAGAGGCCAACAUAUUGUCAAUUCUACGCGAUAUCGAGAACAUAUAUCAGAACAACCCUCGCGGCUAUGUCAACAAUACACUGGUUGACCUACUCGCGGGCAUGUUGUCGGACCCGACAGCUCUCCUGGACACCUUUGUGAACUUGCACGCUGGUUUCAUCGCUGCGGUGUACAAGGUUAUCGGACCCGACUUUGGUGCACAAAUAGUGGAACGCAUCGUCGCAGAGUUCGAUCAACACUAUCAGGCCAACAAAGACGGCAAUGGAAAACAGACAUCGAACCUGAUAUCCUUGGUAGCGGAGCUGUAUACCUUUCAGGUUAUUGGUAGUAACAUCGUCUUUGACUACAUCCGAUUCUUCCUUGACGAGCUCACGGAGAUCAACACUGAACUUUUACUGAGAAUCGUCAGGGCAGCUGGCCCACAACUGCGGCAGGACGACCCGACUUCGCUUAAAGACAUUGUUGUCUUACUGCAGAAGUCUGUGGCAAAGGUUGGACAGAGCAACCUGCCGGUUCGAACAAAGUUUAUGAUCGAAACGAUCAAUGAUCUCAAAAACAACAAGAUGAAGACGGGUAUAGCCUCCUCCGCAAUUUCUAGAGAGCAUACGAUACGCAUGAAGAAGCAGUUGGGCACUCUGAACUCAAGGAACCUCAAAGCAACUGAGCCACUACGCGUUGGUCUCAAGGAUAUCAAGGACACGGAGAAGAGAGGCAAAUGGUGGCUUGUAGGCGCGAGUUGGCGUAAUGAACCAGGCAACGAGGAGAAACCCGAGGAGCCAAAAGGAGCUGGCAAGACUACAGCAAAAAUCGAUAUGGAAGACGAAGACAGCGAAGUCGACCUCGUACAACUUGCUCGCGAACACCGCAUGAAUACGGAUAUUCGGCGUGCCAUCUUCGUCUCCAUCAUGUCUGCUAGCGACUUCAAAGACGCCCAAAUACGCCUGAACAAGCUCAACCUCAAAAGAUCCCAAGAGGCAGAGAUUCCACGAGUCAUUGUCCACUGUGCAGGCGCUGAGAAGACGUACAAUCCAUACUACACAGUCCUUGCCCGGAAGGUCUGUUCGGACCAUAAGACACGGAAGAGUUUCCAGUUUGCGCUCUGGGAUAUAUUCAAGAGCCUAGGAGAGAAGCAAGAUGGUGCAGAUGACUCUGAUGAUGACGAUAACGACGCGGGUGGCGACACGUCUCUGCGAAAGCUGGUUAAUCAAGGCAAACUGUACGGCACACUAAUUGGACGGAAAGCUUUGCCCAUCACUUCUCUCAAGAACCUCAACUUCCCGUACUUGCAGCCCAAAACCAGGACUUUUGUCGAGGUUCUGUUAGUGACUACAAUCCUGGAGUCGCUAAAGGUGUCCAAGUCAAAGGACAAGCGAGAUGAGCGGGCAGUACGCGAAGUGUUUGUGGAGGUAGACCAGGCUCCCGAGAUGAUUGCUGGGCUGCAGUUUUUCCUGAAGAAGGCUGUCAGCAAGACGGAGAUUGUCGAGCAGGCAGAAAAAGAAACUGUCCGAUGGGCUUGCAAGUCGAUCAUGGACAUGUUGACGAGAGUAUUGGCCACAACCACAUUGCAGGAAGAUUGA